AUGCGGUCACGUAACCACGAGACCGCUGACGAGAAGAAUCAAGUUCUCACCACCAAUGUCUGGCUGCAGAUGUACUGGUAUGACCAUUACUUGCGAUGGAACGAAUCUGACUUUCCCGGGGUGAAGACGCUGCGUUUCUCGGCCGACCAGGUGUGGAAACCCGACAUCCUUCUCUACAACAGUGCCAACGAGGAAUUCGACUCCACCCUCCACACCCAUGUCUUGGUGAAUUCCAGCGGUUACUGCCAGUGGCUUCCCCCAGGGAUCUUAAAAAGCACCUGUCGAAUCGACGUCCGCUGGUUCCCCUUUGACACCCAAAAAUGCGACCUCAAAUUUGGCUCCUGGACUCACGACGGCUGGCUGCUCGACCUCCGUAUGCUGGAGAGCGACACGUCCAGCUACGUCUCCAACGGCGAGUGGGACCUUGUGGGUGUCCCUGGCAGCGAGAACCGGGUUUUCUACGACUGUUGCCGGGAGCCCUACCUGGACGUCACCUUCGUGGUCAUUAUGCGCCGCCGGACGCUGUACUACGCCCUGAACAUGCUGGUGCCUUGCUUGCUCCUUUCGGCCGUGACAUUUCUGGUCUUCCUCUUGCCCGCCAAUUCCGGGGAGAAGAUUUCUCUGGGCAUCACCGUGCUGCUGUCACUCACCGUCUUCAUGUUGCUGGUGGCCGAAGUGAUGCCAGCCACCUCCGACUCGGUGCCACUGAUAGGGCAGUAUUUUGCCAGCACCAUGGGUAUGGUAGGUCUCUCUGUGAUGACCACCGUUUUCGUCCUCCAGUACCAUCACCACGAUCCCGAGGGAGGAUCCAUGCCAAGAUGGGUCCAGGUGCUGGUGCUGAACUGGGGCGCCUGGCUCUUGAGGAUGCGCCAACCAGGAGAAGAACCCGGGAGAAGCCCCCCCUGUGCCCCCAGUUUGCUGAGCUGCAGCUCGGACAACAGUGAUGGAGAAGGCAGCCCACCGACCCAUCCAGCUGGGCCCAUCGCCAAUGGACACUUGGUCUAUGCGGGGAUCCCCAUUGCUGCCGUCGCGCCUGCCCCCUUCCCCACCAAACCCCCGGACAUACCCCGUCCCUUCCUCUUCUCCCCGGAACCUCCCUCCUCCGUCCCAGAGGACCCUCUUUCCGCCCUCCACUUGAGCUCCAUCCUGAAGGAGCUGAGAUACGUGGCCCAACGCUUCCGCAGCCAAGACGUCGCGCGAGCCACCUGCAAUCAGUGGAGGUUUGCCGGGGCCAUCAUUGACCGACUCUGCCUGGUGCUCUUCGCCCUCUUCCACAUCGUCUGCUCCAUCGCCAUCCUGAUGGCAGCCCCCAACUUCGCCGAGGCCAUCACCAAGGACUUCCUCUGAGGCGCCGGGGUGCCACGUCUUCUGAGGGCCUCCUUGAGAUGGGGAGAAGGGCCUCCCCUGGAUGGAGAAAGACGGGGCUGGCCAGAGACCUUCCUCCUCGUGCAUGCCACAACGACCCGGAUUUUGUG